CAUACGCAGAGCAGCACAGCCAUAGGCGCUGCUCGACAAGUGCUGUGGUGAGGUGUUGGUGUGGUGCGCUCCACGCAGUCGCUCACAUUCUCGAUACCUGUUUCGGGUAGCUGUGAAGUGGAGACAACAAGCUUUUCACAGAGUGAGCUUGUGAGAUUGAAGGCAGUCGGUCCAGCACGGCAGUGUGAAGUGUUGGCUGGUUCCUGCUGCUACUGGUUUAACAGGGCCUGAGGAAACGUGCUGAAGACUGGCAGUUGACUAUGAGAGCUGACACUCAGUGGAGGCUGAGACUAAGCUGAGGGGAAGCGUGUACUGACUGUGUACUGUAUACAAGCCAAGCAGACAGGUGCGGACAGAGGACAAAGCCAGAUCUGAGGGGAGGAAGAGGAGGGGUCACCCUCAAACAUCAACGGCACUCAGACAGCGAGGGGAGACAUGGACGAAGACCAGGAGGCCGCGGCAAGAUCUAAUCGGAGGGCCUGGAGCUUCUCUUCCCUCCGAAACAAAAGAAAGCCAUCAGAUGGUGAUGGGGGAGGAUUUUCCAUGAGGAGAGGGCUGCGUAGUUUCUCGUCACUCCGGGAAGGAUGGAGAAAAGGGAAAGGAGAUGACUCACCCUCAGACACCUUUAAAGGAGAAGAUGAGAACGAUGGAUCACGUGAGAUAGCAUCAGGGUUCACUGAGGAUGAGGAGGCUGGCAGCAUGAUGAAGAAGAGGAUCAGCACGGCCUGGUCCUCCUUCAGGGGGAAGCUCGGCAGAGACCGAGGUCUGAAGGAAGGGGAACUGUCACCUGGGGAGAUCGCGGCUGACGUCCUGUCCUCAGACAACAAAGAGAAGGAGCCUCGCUUCUACAGCACCCAGUUCUUCUUCGAGUACCUGGUGGUGGUCAGCCUCAAGAAGACCAAAGACGCCUACGAGCCCCAGAUCACGUACCAGUUCCCCAAAAGAGAUGGCAUGGUGCGAUACCAAAAGGAGGAGCAGGAGAAGACCUUCAAGGCCAUCACGCUCUUCUGCUUUCCUGAGGGCAUCAACUGGGAACCCCUCACAGAGUAUCGCAGUGAGACUUUCUCCUUCGUCUUGACUGAAAUUGAUGGCAGUCGGAGGAAUGGCUACUGCAGAAGGCUGCUGCCCCAUGGUAACGGUGCACGACCUCCUGAAGCGUACUGCAUCAUCAGCUCUGUGGCCUGCUUUGGCCUAUUCUCCAAGAUCUUUGAUGAAGUAGAGAAGCGUCGGCAGAUAUCUAUGGCGAUGAUCUACCCCUUCAUGCAGAGUCUGCGAGAAGCCCCUUUUCCUGCCCCCGGCAACACUGUCAAGAUCAAGAGCUUCAUCCCCGAUGCUGGCACUGAGAUGAUCAGCCUGACGCGGCCUCUUGAGUCGUGGCUGGAGCAUGUGGACUUCCGGACUCUGUUCCGCUGCCUCAGUGAUGACGAGGUGCUCCAGGUGUUCGCCUCCACCGUGCUGGAGAGACGGAUCGUCUUCAUCGCAGAGGAGCUCAGCACCCUGUCUCAGGUCAUUCACGCCGUGACGGUACUGCUCACCCCGUUCACAUGGCAACACACCCUCAUCCCCAUCGUCCCGGAGAUCCUCAUUGACUUUGUGGAUUCGCCCACGCCAUACCUGCUGGGCGUGCAGAAGCGACUCUUGCACCUGUUGGAUUUGAGUCAAAGUGACCUGCUGGUAGUCGACUUAUCAGAGAACAGGGAGGAAACAUUUAUCGCAAAAAUUGGAGAUGAGAAGACUCUUCUUCCCCACAAGCUUCGAGAUGAAAUCCUCCAGGCGCUAAAGGCCAGGCCGGAGAAAGCCACUGUGGAGGAGCUGAACAAAGUGGUGCCGGCGGCCUUCUUCCCCUUCUUCAUCAAGACGGUGGGCCACUUCAACCACCACGUAACGCGCAAGCCAGGCGAGCCCGCCGUCUUCCAGCGGAGGAACUUCUACAAAGCACUGGAAUCAAAAAGCACUCGCCACUUCGUCAAGAAGUUUGUCAUGACGCAGAUGUUUGACCUCUUCAUCCAGGAGGUGGAGCAGCAACCGGCCUCUCAGGAAGGGUUUUUCCAGAAAAAGGUUGCUGAAUACCACGAGAGGAUGAAAAAGGAGAAGAGUAAAAAGACUAAACACUAAGAGGGGUUUUGUACUCUCAAAGACUGUAUAAAGAAAAUGUGUACGUCUGGGGUCUUUUUAAAUUUCUAUGAAUGUAAAUUUGUAUUUGUAGAUUAUUUAAAUGGUCGUUCAUCAUCGGAUUAUAAUGUGACUGAGACUGGAUUACAGGUUGGUAGUGUGACUGAAAUCUCUUACUUUUUCCUUGUGAGUGUUUGUAAUGUUUUUAUUGUAUGUGCUGCGUGUAGAUCUCUGUUUUGGGCUUCUGUCAUACUGAUGCUGAAGCUCCAGAGUCCUGUGGACUGUAUCUUGUAAUAUACGUUGUCUGAACAAUUCCAAUGGUACCAGAAACUGAGCCAUUCUCAUGAACACAGGGCACAGGGGAGGGUUUUUUAAAAUAUGCUGUCGGUACUGUUUUCCAAUAAUGAUUUUUUUUUUAAAUAAUAAAAAGUAUGUAUUGAAAACCCAAA